AUGGAGAAUGUGUGGCAUCUCCGCCGCGUCGCGGACAAUGCCGCCAAAGCUUGUUGGAUAUGCUACAAACCAUCCACGAGUGUCUUGAUUACGCCUUCCAAUAAGGACUUUUUCUACAUCUGCGCUGGACACUUGACUGAUCGAGGGUUCUGCCAGCCAGAGGCUGAGGAGGUAAAGAGGGUUGCCGAUCAGAAAAAGCAAGAGGAGUUGGACCGCGAGAUCGAAGCAGUCAAGAAAGAGUAUGAACAGAAGCAGCAACUCAAACGUGAAAAGAGAAAAGAAAAGGACAAAGAAAAGGACAAGGAGAAAGAGAAGGAAGAAAAGGCUAAGGAAGAUGAUGAAGACAAGCAGGACGAGAAAGCCAAAGACGACAAGAUCAAAGAGCUUUCAAAGACAAAGGAGAAGACUCAAACCGAGCUUGGUCCUCGUAUAUUCCAACUCAACAAAAGCUUCUACCAAAUGAGGUUGGAUAAACUCCGAAAUGCAGAAAUCGCCAAAAGAAAUCGCGAACGGCUGAACGACCCCAAGAACUUCCCAUCGGUACCCAGUGGUAACCCUUAG